UUACUUUUCAUUUCUUAUAACCAUUUCGAACUGUUAAAUUAUGUGGGCAAGUUAAAAAAAUCAAAAAUAAAAUGUCUUCUAAAUUGUGUCAACUCCUAGUUCUGCUUGCUGCUGUGGCUUCCACUCUUCAGAGAAGACUCGUGAGUGACGAAGAAGCCAAUAGUCUAAAUGACGAUGGCUUCCAGAACUUGGUGAAUCAUCUCAAAACGCACGCAUAUCCCAGCCAGGACAAACCAUAUUUAGGAAAAGCACGAAACGAUUUAGCCAGUCUUCUGAAUGUACACACUCUGAAUCUUUUCCUAAAAAACAAUGCAGAAAAGAAAGACCAGAGAACAGGGGUCGGACAAGACAGAAUAUGCAAAACUGGCCGCUGUGGCUGCAGGGGAGACCGAUGCGAGGAACGCGAGGAAGAUCGCCAAGAUGAUCGCGAAGAUAUUAGCGAAGUACAGCAAAUCCUGGAUGAAUUAGAACAGGAAUUAGACAAAGACCCGUUGAGGUGUGCCGAGAGAUGCGACCAAUACGGGCGAUGCGGUUGCAGAGGUCGAACUAGAUCCGAAAACAGAGACAAUGACCAAUCGCUAUGUCGACACGGCAGAUGCGGGAAACGCUCAAAAGAAUCCAACAUACAAUCCCAAAUCGAACAGUUUGGAACCAAAUACAAAAUCAACGAUGACCUAGACGCCAUAGUCGUCGAUAUCUCCGAUUUCAAAGGCCUCCUUGGUACGUUGAAUGGUAAUUUGAUGAAAUCCAAACAGAACCAGGACCGGGUAGAUACAGAUUAUUUUUAUGGAGACACGAGAUCUGCGGAUGAAAAAGAAGAUAAAAAAGAUUUAGACGCGGUUGUACUUAAUUUGAAUAGAGCGAGGGAUGACGAUGACGUAGUCUCGCGGGUCGUCAACGAACUUCUCUCUGGUACCAAAAAUAAAGUCAAGAAAAAUGAUCCCAUUAGACCUAAUGAUCUGGCAGAGUUUUUCGAAACCAGGAAGAGGCAGGUAAUCGGGAAUGCGCUGAAUUUUGUUAGAAAUAGCAGAGGUAAGAAGGAUUUGUCGGAUCUUUCUACAAAACAGCAGUAUCAGCUGCAGAAAGUGAGGGCAGAAGUGCAGAGACUUGGCGCUAAAGCAAAUCUCAGGGAAGUAGAGAGGAAGGUUACAGACAUCGUUUUGGGAGACGGUAUGAAGUCUGAAGUGCUCUUUCAUAACGAGAAUAAUAACAAUGUGUACGUUCCAAGAUGGGUAUACAACGCAAUAGAGGUUUCAAGACAAGAUCUGAGAAGCAAGCGCAUGUUUCCUUUAACAAACAAACAAAGGUUAAAGAGGUCAAAACUUAAUAAAUCCAACGUUUGGAGAAGAAAUGUUCAAAAGAACGUGAACGAAUACGGCGUACCCUUCCAACUACAAGUUCAAGGUUUGGGUCAAGUCAAUCCUUAGGUGGAAUAAUGGUUUAAAAUAAACGUUUUCACUUUAAAUUA